ACAGGGCAUUAGCUGUUGGUUGGUGGCUGGGUUAGUUGGUUGGUUUGGUUGGUUUGGUUGGUUUGGUUGGCUGGUUGGUUGGCUGGUUGGUUGGUUGGUUGGUUGGACAGCAAUUGCAUUUAUUCAGUUAGCCACUGAACUUGGAUAUUCAUGAAUUGUUGAAUCUGAACACAGUAUAGUAGCUGUUGCUUGGCUGGAAAGAAAUUAGAGUUUGAAGAAACAGAAAUUAGACUUGGACAUUCAGGAGCUGUUGGACCCUGACAUAUUUGCUUCUAGCCAUAUAAAUGAGGGCCUGAUCAUGGAGCAGGACCCAGAGAGCCGAGACUCUAUCGAGAACUUUACCACUGGCUAUAAGAUCAUAAGAACCCUGGGAAGGGGACGAUUUUCAGUCGUAAAAAUGGCCUACCACGUCCCAACCCUCACCUGUGUAGCUAUAAAAGUUCUCAAGAACACCGAGAAGUGCUCCUCAGUGAUGAGCAGGGAAGUUGACAUUCUAAAGUCCCUGGGCCAUCCUCAUAUCAUCAAGGUGGUCGAAGUGGUCCAGACAAGAGAGGCCACCCACCUGGUCAUGGAGCAUGCCUCUCAGGGAGACCUACUGGACCGAAUCCGGGAAUGUGGAUAUUUAAAAUCGUGGGAGGCCCGAAGAAUGUUUAGACAGAUAUUAGAGGCAGUACAAUUCUGCCAUGACAAUAAUAUUGUCCACCGAGACAUAAAGGCCAACAACAUUUUGAUAGACGGAAGGUCGAAUGCCAAGCUCUGUGAUUUUGGCCUAGCUGCUAAAACACUUCCUGGGCAGAAGCUGAUUGAUUUCUGUGGCACGCUGCCAUACAGUGCGCCAGAAUUCUUUGAAGCUGAGGAAUAUGAGGGCCGCCCAUUUGACGUAUGGAGUGUAGGUGUCCUCCUCUUCUUCAUGGUGACUGGGCACUUGCCUUUCCUAGGCAAGUCAUUUGCAGAGGUGAGGAGACAAAUCAGUUCAGCCAAUUUCAGCAUCCCGCCUCACGUUGCCAACGAUAUUUUCAAUGUUAUAGUGGAAAUGCUGAUGAUAAAUCCCAGCAGGAGGCCCAGCAUCCAGCAAAUUAUGAUGCGCCCCAUGAUCAAAGACAGCCAGGCCUACUCACCACCGACAUCCAUACAGACGUUCACAGGAACACCAAGCCCUAGCAUCAUCAAAGCCAUGAGAGUCAUGAGGCAUACACCUGAGAAAAGCACUGAGUCUCUGAUAGACCAAAAUAUCAACGAGGUGCUGACAACAUACUUGAUUCAACAGCACAAGCCACUCAGGAAAGUCUGCACACACCACCAAGUGGAGCCAGGUGUAGAAGAUCUUCACUCCUUCCCUCGUUUUCUUAAGAGAAAGGGACCUCUUCUCUCCUCCUUCACCUUGUCCUCAAAUUCAUCCAAUAUGCGGGAGAAGGAGGAUAGGAAGAAUUCCAGGAAGGUUGUCAGAAGGCAUGCUGUAAGCUACCAGCAAACAAGGACCAACACCCUCCAGCUCGAACUCCUGGACUGUCCUAUAGCUGAAGAAUUCAAGGAUAACAGGCUGCAAAUCAGGAAGACAUUCUCAGACUCCAAGACUGUGUUGUCUUGUAGUCUAACUGAACAUAUCCAGUCACCUCGACUUCAAUACACCUAUUCCACUACAGCAGACCGGAAUGUGUCCUCCUUCAUACCGCCACAUGAUUUCUGUGCAUCACUGCAGACACCUAAAGGGAUAAGCCUUGCAGGCUGCUCUGGAGAUACCUGGCAGAGAGAGACACUCGUGGACAAAAACACCUUCAUCAAGGAAGAGGCCAUGGUUCAUGAAGAUACCGUCACUAGUGGCCAGCCACAAGUUCCUUGCCCAGCUUCCCGUCGGGGAUGGCAUCACCACUGGAAGGGGUUUAAAAAGACAAUUAGUAGAAGCCUUCGAAACCUGUGCUGCUGUUUUAAGAGUUGGCCUCACACCCUGAUGAUUCCUUGUCAUCCAUACCCUGAUAUGUAGAAGCCCUGGAGUCUAUAUCUCUGUCAGUGUGUCUGUCUUUACUUUUACAUAAACUACUUCCAUUCAGGUUGGUCUCAAUGCAUGUUUCUUAUACUGGACUCCUAGAGAGCCAUGUACCCCUCAGGAUGGCCUUAAGUGGAAAACACAAAAUAGAAACAUCAAGUAUAAAAUCCCAAUUGAUGGAAAUAGAUUCACAAAAUUAAAAACCAACAGAUGAAAAACACUAACCACUCCAAUAAAAAUCCUUAAUAUAUCACUCUUAAUUCUAACAGACUCACAGGUGUAUGCUAAGGGAACAUAUUCCAUGUACAAUAAACAGAAGAAACUGGUUCUUAUUUUCUGAUAUGUUUAUGUAAAUUAAGCAUACUUUCAUUUUUUUCUGACAUUUUUUUUCCUAUUUUGGAAUAGUGUUGCUAUGCCGGUUUUAGUGUUCACACAGUCAAACCUAAAA